UUUGGACCAUAUAUGGGCACCUACGUCAGCGGAACACCAGUAAGAGGCGGAGCCAGGACUCCCUACUUUACAAUGCGUUCCCAGGCUUCAUUCACAAGAGGAAGCGCUGCCGCCGAAACACCGCACACCUUCUACUCCCGUUUGCAACAAACACACUGCGGAUUAUUUUAUGGAUUUAUAAAAGCACAUUUCAUGCAUUCUACGGAUUGUACUACGACCCAGGAAGUGUUACACAAGGACGGAUUGGAAUUUAGAAGUUUCCUCGAGCAGGGAACUGUAUUGAUGUCUUAAUGCAACUGUUUUGGAAAGAGACUAAAGGCAUCUUGACGAAGACUCCAAGUAAAACUUGUUACGGUGAUAUCCCGUUCUCGCCGGGCACAGUAGGUGUUUCGGCUUCUCUCGGCUCCAUCGGGGACAUGUUUCAGGGGUUCCCCGGAGACCCCGACACCGGCUCCCGUGGAAGCUCUUCUCCUUCUCUUGAAUCUCAGUACCUGUCGUCCGUGGAAUCCUUCGGGAGUCCGCCCACCACCAGCGCACCGCAAGAGUGUGUAACAGCCACUGGCGGGGUAGGGGUGGGUGGAGGGUCAACCGGCACCGGGGCAGGGGUGGACAUGCCCAGCUCAUUCGUGCCAACAGUGACGGCCAUCACCACAAGCCAGGAUCUGCAGUGGAUGGUGCAGCCCACUCUGAUAUCCUCUGUGGCACCAGGUCAAAGUGGCAUAGGCUCCAGCACCAUGACGCAGCCUGUUGCAUUGGAUCCUUAUGACCUGCCAGGCCCAAGCUUUUCGUCCGGUGGAGGUUUCACCCCACCAAGCUCUGAUGCUCCUGGCCCAGUGCGUCAGUCUCGAAGCCGCCGUCGUGCACGAGAUGAAACGCUGACCCCCGAGGAAGAGGAGAAAAGACGUGUUAGGAGAGAGAGAAAUAAACUGGCCGCCGCUAAGUGUAGGAACCGACGGCGUGAGCUCACAGACAGGUUACAGUCGGAGACAGACAUUUUGGAGGAAGAGAAGGCCGAGCUAGAGGCUGAAAUAUCCGAGCUGCAGAAGGAGAAAGAGCGCCUGGAGUUUGUCCUGGUCGCCCACCAACCUGGUUGCAAACUUCCCUACCAGGACCAGCCCCCUGCACCGCUGCCGCAGACCUCCCCACAGGCGCCUUCUGUCUCUGUGGUGGGUUUAACUGUGAAGGAGGACUCUUUCUACCUGCCGCCCGCCUACUCAUCCCACCACCACCACCACGUCCCGGUUUCACAGCCCACGCAGACACAGCCGGCACCAGCGCAACAGCAGCAAGGGAUGAUGCAGGAGGUAGCCUUUUCUAGUUCUUUCUAUGGGCCGGGCCAGCCGGCGCCGGACGGCCCGUGUCUUGUUGCCGACGGUGGCGGUAACCCUGACGCCGGCAGCUACAUCCCCUCAUACACAUCUUCAUUUGUGUUCACCUACCCAGAGGGAGCCUGCGGGGCCAGCGCUAACCAGCGAACCAGCAGCAGCGAUCAGUCCUCUGAUUCCCUGAACUCACCCUCGCUUCUUGCACUUUGAGAGCUCUGCUGAUCUCUCUGCCUUUUGCUUGCCUCGAAACAGCACAUGCGUACAUGCCAAUCCAAACAUUAAAUCUCUGGAUGUACAUUGUAUUGAUCUUUUACAGUUAAGGCCUUGGUUUUGAAACCGAGGCCCAGAUGCGUUAGCGUCUGUGCGACUUCAUCAGAUGAUGUAAGUGUAUUUUAAUUCACAAUGAAUUCAGGCUUAAUAUCGAAAUGAGUCAGUAGCCCUUACACACAAACACACACGUACUCGUACUCACUUAAAUGUUUAAUAGAGCACUUCACUUUUUUUGGAAAUCGGCUCAUUUUACAAGUCACCUAGUGCUAGACAUUUGAGUUUUAACAUUUUUGAAUCCAUUCACCCAAUCUCUGGGUCUUAGCAUAAAUCAUUGAAUCGGAUUAGACAAUUAGCUUUUAUAAAAUAUUAUUAAUUUUCCUAUUCAAAGCUUUAUAUCUUGUACUAAGACCAACCGAAAAAGAAAAGCUAUUGCUACUUGUUGCUAUUUUCUAGACUGAUAAGGCUAGUAGCUAUACUCGCAUUCUGACAUAGUUAUUAAUGGAGUUUGUUGCCGUACCAUGGCUGCAGCAGGUGCAUUACUCUGCAGUGCCUGGAAAUAAGCCCCAGCUAGGCAACUAGGUAAUCGCGCAGGUAAUCUAGACUUUUCACUUUAUUUCGCUCUUAGUACACAAUGUAACUACAGAAGAGUCAAGCUUUAAAUGGGAAUAUUUUUGAAACUUUUUUGAGCAAGAUGCUAAUGGUCUAAUCCGAUUCAAUGAUUUAUUCUAAGCUUAGCAAAAAGUGCUCCCGCCAGACCCAGAGAUCAGCUGGAUGAAUUGAAAAAUGGUAAAACUCUCUAGACCAAAGGUGUCCAAACUUCCUGGAGGGCUGGUGUCCUGCUGAGUUUAGCUCCAACUUUCUUCAACACACCUGCCAGGAAGUUUCUAGGAAGGUGGUUCAGGUGUGUUUAAUUAGGCUUGGAGCUAAACUUUUCAGGACACCGGCCCUCCAGGAUCGGGAUUGGAUACCCCUGCUCUAGACGAUUUGUAAAAUAAGCCCAUUUCCAAAGAAAGUUGAGUGUUUCUUCAAUUGGUUUGACAUAACAAUAAAAGCACAUCAGCACACUCCCUCCCCUUUUUGCUUUCAUCUGUUCUCGCUCUGGCUUACAUUGGUGUACCAUCUUCCUCCUUCUCUCUAUCUAUCCACGCCAGGUGCCUGCUGCUGUGUAUUUGUCUACGCAAAUGUGGGGCCGCAGAACUGCUUUAUGGGUUUUGGUUUGUUUUUUCUCUUGUUCCUGUCAGGCUACCUUGCUACCCUUUCUCUCAUCCAGUUCAUCCACACUUCUUCUGCCUCAAGGACAUGACCACACACUCUUUAGCUAUCUCUCUCUUUUUGUUUCUCCCUCCGUUGUCCAUCUCCACAUCUGUUUCUCCUCUCUCCUGUCUCUAUGUACCUCUCUCUGAAGUCUUCGGCCCCUGAGAGCCCGUUGGACCCUGAAAGCCCGUGGAACCUUGAGUGAGUGCCAACCCACACCCCAACACCACAAAUCUCCCCUCGCACGGACCAGCCCACAGUGGAUCUCAAAACAGCUAAACCAACCAGCCAGAUCAAAUGCCGUCCUAAAAGGCCCAACAGGACUCUGUUGCUCCUCAGCACUGAGGAUUUGAUUUUGUACGAGCAAAGAUGCACUGGCUAGACUUUGGAAAGGUCUGGAAUUUGGAAGAAUGAGAUGUUGAGAGCGUUCACAUCUCCUGCUGAUCCUCCGAGAGCUUUCAAAGCUGUAUUACACCCUUUCCACCAUUCUUGAGCAAAUUAAAGGGGUUCGUUUGUUUGUUUCAUUCUGUGUGUCAACGAUAGUAUUAACUCUGAUUUCAAAAGUGGCUUAUCUGAUGAUUGCAUAAAAGAGUGGCUUUACACUCUAGGUUUGAGGAGCAUUAUAUUGAGCGACCAAAAAAACAAAAAAACGCAACCUCUUGGUUUUGGAUGAGUGGCCUCUGUGCUUCUGAAAGUCCUUGACAUAGUCCUUGAGUUGUGGAUGUGGUUUAGCACAGCUCUGGGCUUUGAUUGUGAAUGGAAGCCACAGAAGACUACGACUCCAGUUGAUUUCUUUCUUUAAAGGGGGUUGUUGUUAAUGUUAAGAUGGAAAAAAAAGCACAAACGCCGGCUUCAGAUGGAAGGAGCGAGUAACGAUGGGCAACCUAAAGGACCGGAUGUGCUUUCGAAUAUGAACCGUUUACUUUCCUGUGAAUGUUUUGAUGUUUUGAGUUACUGAUUUUUUUCAUGAUGCUUUUUUUCCUCUUUUGCUUAUGAUUGUGCCGUUGCUGCCAAAUGGAAGAAUUUUGUGGGGCUUUUAGCUCUAUCUGUUACUGUUGUCUUACUGCAGUUAUAAAAAAUAUUGUUAUUAUGGUUAUUAAUAUAAUUAUUAUUUCAUAGUUAUAUCAUGUUGGCAACUAAAAAGGCAUGUUGUGCACUAUGAAACUUUUUUAUGUCUAAAACUAUAUGAAAUAUAUAAAAAUAUAUAUUAUGUAUGCAUAUAUAUAUAUACAUAUUCAGUGUAUAUAUAUACACAAUGAUUGUAAUGUAUUGUAUGAAUGUUCAGAAAAUAUUAUUUUUGUCAAUGAAGACAGAAGGGAGAGCUUGAUGCACUUGGCUUUGGUUUAAACAUAGAUAUUUUUCUAAAAGAACAAAAAAAAAAAUUAUAAUAAACAAUAACAGCCCGCCUUUCCCUUAAUAUGAAAAGCAUUGUCACUGCCUUUCAUUUGAAAUGUGUAACCUGUAUGAUGACUGUAUUAAAACUGUGGUCCAUAUUUAUAUAUGUAUCGCAGGUUUGUGCUGUGCUUGAUUUGUCGAUGAGGUUGAUCUCACAGCCCUUGUUCAUCAACCCCUGUGGACAAAACACACUGGACGCGCAAAAUAUCUAAAAAUGCAUUUGAAAAUAAAUAUAUUAAAGAAAAAAGCAGACAUGAAUUGAGUGUCUCGAUGUAUUUUUGAUUCAGACGUGUUUCUGAAUCCUUUGUGUUGCAUUGAUUUAUUUUGUCCAGUGUGUGCUGUCUGCCAUUUGGCUUUAUUGUAUGUGUGUGAGAGAGAGAUGUUCAGGGCUUGAUGGACAACUUUCAACCAGCCCUAAUUAAUUCACGUUACAGGCACAAUCGGAAAUUUAUAAGUGCCGACGUCAUACAUAGAUAGGCAGUGUUUUUACAACCAAACGAGGUCCAUUGUUUUUGACUUUGGCUUCUUUAUGUGGAGUAUUUUAUGAGGUGGAAAUGAUAAUAUUUGUACAGAUGUUUCAAUCAAAAUGUCUUUACAUGCUACAUUUGUAUCCACGAGCGCACCCGGAGGUUGAAUUCAAGCAGAGAUGGACACAACCAUGCGAGCUCUUCCCAACAGAGCCGUUUGAUAAAAUUAUGCUCUCAUUUAGCAGUGAAAACUGAAUUACGGCAUCUCAAACAGUGAUGCGAUGAAGCCAGAGCUGCGAUUUCACAAAGUGGGACAUUAUGUGAGAUCAGGCGUGUGAUUUUGUUUUAUGUUGGUUUGAUUUCUCAAUUGUUGGUGCUUUUGUUACUCCUACGCCAAAUCCUAUCGUUACUGUAUCUUUACAAAUAGGAUCCGACUCUGAUAUUAUAGCAUAAGGGGAUGUUGGUUCAGUACCAGUGACUCUGUGGUCUUCCACUUUUCAAAAAAAAAAUUUUUAAAUUCACAGUGCACAGAUUGACACGGUGGAAUGCAAUAUUUCAGAUACUCUAGGAGAACCAUGUAGCAAAUCAACUGAAUUGUAUGGUAAAAGCCGGUCCGGAUGCUACAGUGUCACAGUGAUGAUUGGAGACUGUCUGUCCUGUUUACCUUGUAUGAUUUACUCAACUGAGACCUCAAUGAUGGGAUGCUUUUGCAUUUUGAGGAUGUCAAAUUUCAGUGCCUCUCUGGCUUAGUGGGUAUUGUUUGAUAGAUAAACCGUUUGAUUUUUUUAAUAUAGGAGCCUAUUACAACCACUUGUUCAGAUAAUUUGUAAGAAAGAGGGUUGACCUAUUUCUUGUUGUUUCAUUUUUUAUUUUUGAAGGGAAAUGAAAGCUAGGUUUAAAACGAUUCACAGCGAAACAUUUCAAAUUCAAAAUGAUAUGGUGCUUUUUUCAAUACUGUUUGUCUUUGUAUAUUCUUGAUUAAGAAUGCCGAUGACAGAAGUGAGGUUGUGGAUUUGAGGACACUUGUCAUUCGAGAGUGCUUUCCUCACCACGACUGCUCCCAAGUUCUCAUAUUGAACAGCAUAUUUAAUGCAUACUGAACUACCUUUAGUGAAAUAUAUAAUCCGCCGUUCUACAGUCUUUCUUCUUUCAUCCUUUCUCCAUUUCAUUUCACUUUAUGCUAUAUUUCUAGCCCUUUAAUGAAUGGAGAAGGACAUUUCAUAUUGUUACAUAGACUGUGAAAUCUUGGUGUACUGUCCUAUCUUAAUAUCUUUGUAUGACGUCCAAUUUUUCUUGUAAAGGAAAUGUCUACAAAAUAAACCUAUCCACAAAGA